CACCAUGCCCAAGAGAAAGGCUGAAUGGGAUGCUGAAGGAGAUAAAGCCAAGGUGAAGGACGAACCACAGAGAAGAUCCGCGAGGUUGUCUGCUAAACCUGCUCCUCCAAAGCCAGAGCCCGAGCCUAAAAAGGCCCCUGCAAAGAAGGGAGAGAAGGGGCCCAAAGUGAAAAAGGGAAAAGCUGAGGCUGGCAAGGAAGGGAAUAACCCUGCAGAAAAUGGAGAUGCCAAAACGGACCAGGCACAGAAAGCCGAAGGUGCUGGAGAUGCCAAGUGAAGUGUGUGCAUUUUUGAUAACUGUGUACUUCUGGUGACUGUACAGUUUGAAAUACUAUUUUUUAUCAAGUUUUAUAAAAAUGCAGAAUUUUGUUUUACAUUUUUUUUCUUUUUUUAAAGCUAUGUUGUUAGCACACAGAACACUUCAUUGUUGUUUUGGGGGAAGGGGCAUAUGUCACUAAUAGAAUGUCUCCAAA